UGUGCCACAAUCUCUUCUUAAAAAAUGAACAAUUCGUCCAUGACUCCAUGGUACUCUGUAGUUGUAUUUGUAUCCACGCAUUAAACACCCUUCCAAGUUCCAGGUUCCAUCCCCGCUAUAGCCUCCAUUGAAAAGCUUCUUAAUUUUGUAUUUUCGGGUCGAUUUCCAGUUCAAUAAUAUCUGGCCGGCAGUAGUGAGGACUUCCCUCUUGGAAGUUUGUCGUUCUCAUGGAUUUGGCCUCCGGUUUGGUCGAUGCACUAACGGGGAUGAUGCUAUUCAUGGUCCCUAUUAUCAUUGGAUUGCUGGUGGGUUGGUCAUGGAAGCCCAAUUGGGCUAAUCUCAGUGCUCUUGAAGAUAUCUUGCCAUUCCGGAUGACCUUACCUAGAAAUUCAACUUGUCCAGAUUCGAUUCCAAAUUUAACUUUGAUGAAAUCGCAAUCUCCCAGCUGGGAUUUGAAUGCUGAGAUGGAAGCUCCAGCUCCGGUUCCUCAGCCAUGUUCGUCCCAGCCUAAAGGUGAAAAAUCAGCUCUUGUAGAUGAUGAUGACCUUCAUCAGUUAUACCAGUUACUGGAAGAAAAAGAUGGAGGCCCUGCUUGGAUUCACAUGAUGGAUAGGUCAACCCCAAACAUGAGUUAUCAAGCUUGGCGCAGAGACCUUCCGACUGGACUCCCACAGUAUCGAAGUAGAAGUGUGUAUGAGGAUGCCACUCCAGAAAUGGUAAGGAAUUUCUUUUGGGACGAUAAUUUUAGGUCAAAGUGGGAUGAUAUGCUCAUACAUGCCGAAACCUUGGAGCAGUGUCCGACUACGGGAACUAUGAUAGUUCGGUGGGUGCGCAAGUUUCCAUUCUUUUGUAGUGAUAGAGAAUACAUCAUCGGACGCCGGAUUUGGAAGGCUGGACAAACCUAUUAUUGUGUUACUAAGGGUGUACCAAGUUCGUCUGUGCCACGAGUUAAUAAACCUAGGCGUGUUGAUGUAUAUUAUUCAAGUUGGUGCAUUCGUCCAGUGGAGUCAGAGUUGGAUGGCCGGCUGAGUUCAUGUGAGGUGAUACUCUUCCAUCAUGAAGACAUGGGCAUACCUCGCGAAAUUGCGAAACUUGGUGUCCGACAAGGCAUGUGGGGGGCUGUUAAGAAGAUAGACCCUGGCCUGCGUGCAUAUCAGGAACUGAGAGCUGAAGCCCUCAAUCCCCUUCCUCCCUCCAUGGCUCAAAUUAACACCCAAAUCAGCAUUGAGAAGCUGAUAUCAGAGGAAGGGAAAACCAGUGUGGCAGAGGUCAGAAACCUGGAUCCAUCAAAGAACCCAUCUGGGAGGAAUAUACCAAAAGUCCUCGUUCUUGGUGGAGUGAUCGCUCUUGCUUGUAGUCUUGACCGUGGACUAUUGACCAAAGCCGUAAUAUUCAGAUUUGGUCAAAGAUUUGCAGGGAUUGGGAAGCGGUUUUGAUCCCAUGGGCUUGGUCUGUGUAUUUAUUACAUGAACUUCUGCAGAAGAUGGCCUGCAAGAAUUAGAAGGGCAUUUUUCAGGACGCGAUCCAAUAUAGAAUUGGAGUAAAGGCGCGGGCAUUUUCCACGCGUUACUGAUCAGGGUAACAAGGAGAGUGCAUCCUAAAUGGCAUACUAUCAUUCUGGUGUAUCUAUCAUGUUAUAAGACUAUACAAGAAAUAAACUCGGGUAUGAUUUCUUUGUACUUAUAAACAUGUGUUACCAUUUCAUUUGUAAUUGUAAGAAAUAAGGAGAGAAACUUGUAAGGCUGGGGUAUAAAAGAAUAGAAUGAAAGCUAUACUUUUGUGCAAUGCUUCCUUCAAAGGAUUUUCCAGCUCUUCACCAUUUCAUCGGGGUCCAAACAGUUGUUUGGCCUUUUGCUUGCCUCAUGUGCUCCUAUGUAGUGUGCAAACUGUAAGUGCACUAUCUUUUUAUCCCGAGUCUUCUUUGAUCUUCU